GUUUUCUUGUGUUUUUCGUAGUUUUCGCGGUUUUUAAACUGUUUUCUUUUGUGCUGUUUGAAGAUAAGUGGUGAUAAUGGUGAAAAAGUGCAUUGUGUGCAAAAAGACUUAUUUUAAAGGAUGCAAUUUAUCAUUUCAUCGGGUUCCUGUUGAAAUGGAGAGAAGGGUGGCAUGGUCAUUGGGAUUGGGUAUAGAGUUUCCUAAAACUUCCUGUAUCCAUGUUUGCUCGGAUCAUUUUGCUGAAAAUGAUUUUACAAUAGGUAAUGUCACAGCGCGAUCUGAUGAAACAGUAUGUCGAAAGCAACUGCGUUCCACUGCAACACCUGGAAUGUUGCAGGAAAUUAUUGCUAUAGAGGACAGAUUGAAAGAAACUGAUAAAAAAGUCUAUAAAUGUGCCAUAUGUGGCUUUCAAACGCUACUGAAGGCAAGUCAUUACCGUCACAAGAAAACUCAUUUGGCACCGGAAGAACGAGAGUUAUUUGCUUGUAUACACUGUGACAAGAAAUAUAUAUCGAAACAAGGCUUACGUUAUCACAUUGAGGAGAAUCAUAUUGAUUCCAGAUCGAGAGAAGCGGAGAAAGAAGUCUACAAAUGUACCAUGUGUCGCUAUGAAACGCGACGUGAGCCAAGUCUUCGCAAGCACAUGCAAACUCAUUUGGCACCGGAAGACCGACAGUUGUUUGUAUGUACACACUGUGAUAAGAAAUAUACAACAAAGAAAGCCUUACAAUGUCACCUUGACAUUAAACAUGUGGAUUCCAGAUUGAAAGAAACUGAUAAAAAAGUCUAUAAAUGUGCCAUAUGUGGCUUUCGAACGCUAUAUAGUUCAAGUCUUCGCAGUCACAAGAAAACUCAUUUCGCACCGGAAGAACGAAAGUUCGCUUGUAUACACUGUGGCAAGGAAUGUACAACAAAACAAAGCUUACGUCAUCACAUUGAGGAUAAUCAUAUUGAUUCCAGGUCCAAGGAUGCGCAGAAAAAUCUCCACAAAUGUUCCAUUUGUAGCUACCAAACACUCUAUAUAUCACGCUUGCAACAACACCAGAAAAUUCACUUGGCCCGAGAUGAACGACAGCUGUUUGCUUGUGCACACUGUGAUAAGAAAUAUACGGAAAAAGGAAAAUUAAAAUUCCACCUUGACGCUAAGCAUAUUGAUUCCAGGUCCAAGGAUGCGCAGAAAAAUCUCCAUAAAUGUUCCAUUUGUAGCUACCAAACACCCUAUAUAACACACUUGCAACGACACCAGAAAAUUCACUUGGCCCCAGAUGAACGACAGUUGUUUGCUUGUGCACACUGUGAUAAGAAAUAUACGGAAAAACAAAGAUUAAAAGACCACCUUGGCGCUAAUCAUAUUGAUUCCAGGUCCAAGGAUGCGCAGAAAAAUCUCCAUAAAUGUUCCAUUUGUGGCUACCAAACACCCUAUAUAUCACACUUUCAACGACACCAGAAAAUUCACUUGGCCCCAGAUGAACGACAGUUGUUUGCUUGUGCACACUGUGAUAAGAAAUAUACGAGAAAACAAAAAUUAAAAUUCCACCUUGACGCUAAUCAUAUUGAUUCCAGAAAUGCCGAUUGUACAUCUUCAACUGAUGAAGAAGUGAUAUUAGAUGCUUUAAAAAUCGAAAUUGAUGAUGUCGCUUCGCCUUUGGAUGACUCUAAAAAUUUUGAAUGUUUAUCUGUGACUAAUGAAAUAAAAUCGGAAGAUUUUAUAAAAACAGAACCUGAAGAUGUCGCUCCGAUUAAGAAGACAGAGGUGCAUGAUGACUUUAAAAGUAGCGCAAAUGAAUCUGCCACUCGAAAUGUGAAGCUAGAAGAUUUUAUAAAAAUGGAACCCGACGAUGACGUCUGACGUUUGUGGAUAAAGAUACGCAUUUGUAGAAAAAGAAAAUAUUCGUAACACAUUACAACCAAACAGAAGAUUUUAUAAAAACAGAACAUGAAGAUGUCGCUCCGAUGUUUAUUUCUCCGAUCUAAGAAUGUUUUUUAAAUGUACACUCAGAUGCAAAUAAAAACGCAACAGAGAAAUUUUUGGUCAAAUUUAAAGUGUUUAUUUUUGUUAUU